CGCAUCGUUCAUUUGAACUUGUUAUAUCCAACAUGGUGUACGAGUGGAAAGAUAAGGUUGUUAUCAUUACUGGAGCGGCUACUGGCAUUGGCUCUGGUGUGGUGCGAAUUUUGAUGAAUGAAGGAGUUAAGCAUGUAGCGGUCUUAGAUAUAGCUGUAGAUGCGGGGCUUGUUCUGCAAAAGGAAUUGAACUCUAAAUAUGGAGCAAACAAAGUUAAAUUUUACAAAUGCGAUGUUACAAAUCACGAUUUGUUUUUGGGAAUUUUCGAUGAAGUAGUGAAGGAACAAGGUACUUUAGACGUAUUGAUAAACAAUGCUGGGAUCAUGAAUGACAGCUAUGAAACUUACAAGAAACAAAUUGAUAUCAACGUGACAGCGCUUGUAGCGGGAACCUUGAGAGCAAUGGAAAUUAUGGGUAAAAACCACGGUGGUAAGGGCGGUGCAGUCAUCAACCUGGCGUCAGUUGCUGCCCUCUCUCAAUCCCAUCUCAUCCCCAUAUACUUCGCCACCAAGAGUGCUGUACUUCAAUUCACCAACUGUAUUGGUAGAGACGAAUAUUACUCCAAAACCGGCGUGCGAAUGAUAGUUAUGUGUCUAGGAGCUACUGACACUCCACUUUUAUCCGACGCUAAGCUGGGUAGCUUUGACAAAGAAAUAGCAGCAACUUAUCAACAAGCUUUACGAGCAGACUAUCCGUUUCAGAGGAUGGAGUCGGCUGCUCAGGGGAUUGUAGAUGCUUACAAAAGAGGUGAAAGUGGAAGCACAUGGUUGGCAAAUGCAGACAAACCGGUGAAGGAAAUCACACAAAACGUUCAAAAGGCGUACAGCAUUCUAUCCGAACCUAUCUACGAAUGAAGAUGUCAGUUGUCCUGAAGAGAUCGACCUUUAUGUUGGCACUUAAAUAUUGUUUCAAGUAAAUCAUGUUAUACUUGGAUGUAAAUCAUUUGAAUAUUAUAUUAGCUAAACAAUGUAAUGCUAUGUAAAUUUUUAUAAAUAAAAAGUGCUUACUUGAAGUUGCUUAGAUUGUAAUAUAAUAAAGCAUAUUAUCAUAAA